AGCCUCACGUCAGCCCCGCCUCAAAACUUACGCUCGGUGCACUCGGCGCCCCCUCCCAAACUUUUUUGGUCCUCCUCUCUCUCUGUUCCGUGAUUGCGUCCCCGCUUCUGUUCUCCCGCAGUCCCGCCCCACCCUGCCGUCCACGCGACGUUCCUCCCCGUCACCCUCGGCCUCCUCUCCGCCAGAGAUAGUUGCUGCGGGGCCUUCCUUCUUUCGGAAAAUCCUGACCCCGAACCGCGCGGGCGCCGACCCUCGCCGCUGCUGUUGAUACUUUUGUAGCCUUGUUAACUUCGAAUAAUGGUUAAUAUGAGGGACAAUGAGUAUACAAAUGAAGCUCAUUUUGAUGAGCCUUUAGGGAGAGUGCCGAUACUUUCAUAUGGUUCUGGGCAUAUGCUUAAUGACAUCACAUCAUCUUGUUGGUUCACCUAUUUGCUGGUGUUCUUGACAGAUGUGGGACUUAGUCCAAGCGAUGCUGCUGUUGUCAUGCUUUCUGGACAAUUGGCGGAUGGCUUCACAACAAUCUUUGUUGGGGAAUUGAUCGAUCGUUUUGGCCAUUUCAAACUGUGGCAUGCAGGAGGUUCUAUUUUAGUGGCAAUUUCCUUCUCAUCUGUUUUUGGUAGCUGUGUGCCUUGCAAACUUACGGGGACUAAUUCAUCUACUCUGGAGACUGUUGGAUACAGCGCAUUUGCUGCUAUUUUUAAUGUUGGUUGGGCAGUUACUCAAGUCGCUCACAUGUCAAUGGUGAACUGCAUGACAUCAAAUCCAACUAGCCGGGUUUCACUUGUAAGCUGUCGUAAUGCCUUCACAAUGGUUGCAAAUCUUAGCCUGUAUGGCAUUGCUUUGCUGAUAUUUACUCAAUUGCAGUCAGUGAACGUAAUAGUUCAGUAUCGGUGGAUUGCUUACGUGUCCAUUUCCCUCGGAUCUUGUUUUGUCAUCUUCUUCUUAAUUGGAACAAAAGAGCCAGGGUCAAAUCAGCAUUCUGAGGAUAAGAGCCUUUCCAGAAUUUCAUGGGCCUACUGGUUCAAGAAAGUAUUGUACUACCAAGUUGCUCUGGUCUAUACUCUUACUAGAUUGGUGACGAAUGUUUCACAGGCACUUCUUGCUUUCUAUGUGAUAAAUGAUUUAGAAAUGCACCAAUCCUCCAAAGCAUUGGUACCUGCUAUUAUCUACAUCUGCAGCUUGAUAGUAUCUGUGGUAUUGCAGGAGACUAGAUGGUCAAGUUGGCGCCUCAAGGUUUAUUUUUCAGCUGGAGCAGCGCUAUGGAUAUUGUCAGGUCUUGGAAUUGUUGUUCUACCAAGCAGAAUGCACAACUUCAUGUAUGCCAUUUCAAUCAUAAUAGGAGCAGCCAAUGCACUUAUGACAGUAACAAGUAUCAGCAUGGAAGGUGUUUUAGUAGGAGAAGAUCUAAAUGGAUGUGCUUUUGUGUAUGGCUCAUUAAGUUUUGUUGACAAAGUUUCAUGUGGACUAGCUCUGUAUGUACUCGAGUCCUAUCAAGGAAGUACCAAUAUCAAAUCGAAUUUAGGAAUGGCAUUUGGCUUUUCAGUUACAAGACUUGGCCUGGGCUUAGUUCCAGCAGUCUGUUCAGUGCUUUCAGCGAUAGUAGCUUAUACUAUGGACCUCCCUGAUACUCGACGAAGACCUUUGGUGGAGCCUCUUCUGGCAUAACUUUGCUGGUGUCACUUCUACAGUUUCACUAAACCUUUGGUUAUCAGUUUUAUACACAUGUCUUGGAGCCUCUUCUAGCAUAAUCCAUUGCUGGAGCCUGAAGCUACUAACGAAGUAACGACAUUAUAGUGCAAAGGAGGAAUCGAGCUGGGGGACCUGGUCAAUUCAUUUUGGCUUCAUGUAGUCUGAAUAAGUUAUGAUGGAGAAAAGGUGCUCAGCAACGUGUUGAGUAUGUAUCAAAAGUAGCAUAGGGGCAGGAAGGCUUCUAUUGAUCAUAGUGAACUGUGCAAAUCAUUCCGCGAUCCCCUUGUAAAUGUAACCUAGCCGCAUUCUUCAGGACAGUACAUAGCUUGUAUGUUAAUUCAUUCUUCUUUUGAAAGGAAGUAUAUUAAUUCA